AUCGCUUCACUCUCUCUAGCACUUCAACCCGUCCCAUCAACUGUGUGGAGCUAUCCCAAGCAGCACACAAGAUGACAAUCAACACCUUGGCUAGAGAAGGCUGGCACCGGGAACAAAUGGCAUGUUUUCGAAAGAUGGAGAAAGUGAUUGUGGCCAUGCAGGACCCGGACAUGGGCGUGAAGAUGAGAAACCAGAGGCUCCUUAUAACAGUCAUCCCACACGCCAUGACAGGCCAUGACGUCAUCGAGUGGCUCAUCCACAACUACAACAUAUGUGAGGAAGAGGCUUUGCACCUUGGAGGCAUGCUCGUGAGGUUCGGCUAUAUUUACCCUCUCAAGGAACCCCGAUCUCUCGUGCUGCGUCCCGAUGAAUCACCAUACCGCUUCCAGACUCCUUAUUUCUGGACCAGUACUCGAUGGCCUGCCACUGAGCUGGACUAUGCAAUCUACUUGGCUAAAAAGAACAUAAGAAAACAAGGAGAGUUGAUGGAAUACGAAAAGGAGCGCUACAGUCUGUUGCACAAGAGGAUUAACCACACCUGGGACUUUGUGGUCAUGCAAGCUAGAGAGCAACUCAGAGCUUCCAAACAAAGGCGGAAGGCUGACCGUAUUGUUCUGGCGUGUCAGGAGCAGGCUUACUGGCUCAUUAACAGACCACCACCCAGGGUGCAUAAUGUGCUCGACAUGGGUCUGGAUAAGCCAAGUAACUCCAAUUUACGAGUCGUACUGAAUAGUGAUUUCUACAAAAGAGAGAUUGCAACUUGUAAAAGGGCUCUGGGAAGAAACCGUGUCAAGUCAUCCAUUUGCCUGGAAAGUUUUUUUAAAUUCAGCGAGCAGUACCAGAACCACGAUCCCAUUAUGCAGGGUUGUCUUCCCAGCAAUCCCUGGAUCUCUGAUGACAUUGCACUUUGGACCAUGAAUUCAGAUAUAGUGUCCAUCCCCACACGCCUCCGAGUGGAACGUUGGAGCUUCAGCUUCAUGGCACUUCUUAUUGACACCAUGGGGAGACGGGAAUUCAUGACUUACCUGGAGAAAGAAUUUAGUGCGGAGAAUUUGUGUUUCUGGGAGGCCUGUGAAGACAUAAGACAUGGAGAAAGUUCCAAGAUCGUGGAGAAGGUGGAAGAAAUAUACAAAAACUUCUUGGCACCCGGAGCUGCACGCUGGGUGAACAUUGACAGUAAAACCAUGACUACAACGUUAGAGGGCAUCCAACGCCCUCAUCGCUUUGUCAUGGAUGACGCGCAAUUGCACAUCUACUUCCUCAUGAAGAAGGACUCCUAUCCCAGAUAUCUUAAAUCUGACCUUUACAAGAACAUGCUGGCCAGGGCUAUUAUUCCACAAGAGACAAAGAAAAGCGUGUUCCCCUUUAUGAGGCGACAACGACACUCAAGCCCCUCCCCUGCCAAGGUCGCCACUCAGGAAGGGCUUGCCAAAGGGACUGGACAGGCAGGUACCAGCUCUGCAGCUGUAUGAUGCCAGGCUAAAACACAAAAACAUAACAUAACAGGUCCACCAUGGUGUCAUUCGUGUCUCUGUGGUCAACAUCUUUUUUUUUUUUUCAUUUCGAACUGCUGAUUCCAAUUUCCUCUUACCUUGGGGGGACAAAUGAGCCUGCCAUUCACUUUCCAUCCUCAGUUGUGGUAGGAUUUUGUCUGCGAGUCCUGCAUCUUGUUGCACAGUACAAAAAUAGCUAAACAAAAAGAGAAUGAGUGCACAGUUGUUGACGUGUGGUGGGUGAAAUAAUAACUCCCGCAGAGUAUUUAUAGUGAAUCAAUCAUGUCUUGCAGCAAUAAAAUGUUUAUUUUGUUCUGAAUAUUAACUGUCAGUUUUCACCUAUUUUUAAGCAACAUUAUAUGUUGCUAAUUAGUUUGUAUCGUGUAUGUUUGUUUAAAUCUUUCUUUGCUUGAGCGUGUUAACGCCCCAAUAAAACAUU